AUGGCUUCUGUUGUGCCGGUCAGCGGCGCUGCACAGUCCUAUGUCCGCCAGGGGAAGCUGCUUGCGUUGGAGCAGCUGGUGAAGGUGUUUGAGAAUGUGAGCCACAGAUGGGACAACGUGAGGCCGGACUACUGUGACCAAUUGAGGCGACCCCUGUGCAUGGUGUUGCUCAGAAAUUGCAGCACAUCAGAAGUCAAGGGGUUCCAAUAUGCUGUGCGCCUCUACAUAUCUAUCAUCCUCCAACGCCAGCUGCGGCUGUGGAUGAAAGCCGAGCUGGGUGCUUUUUACCCCCUGCUGCUACUAAGGCCCAUCGAAGCUGGCCCACUGGAGCCUGCCAUCUUGACAGUGGUCCUCACAGCCCUGAAACGCCUCUGCAAAGAGCCACAGAUGCAGGUAGACCUCUACAUCAAUUUCGACUGUGACAUGCACUCCAUCAAUCUGUACGAGCGCACUGCGAAGGCUCUGAGCCAGCUGGCUGAGUUUGGAGACCCUUCGGCUGCUCCGGGGCAGAGUGCGCUGGUCCGUGAUGCAGCUGCAGCUUGUGCACUGGCCAUGGUGGCAAGCCUGGAUGCGUGGUCAGGCCCCAUACGAGAUGCUGUGGAAAUGGAGCGCCUCAAUAUGGAGCCAGAGAGGGCUGCCUCCCUGGAUGCGUCUCUCAGCAACUCCGGCUCCCUCAAGCUGCCGGACACCUCAGAGGUGCACCACUUUGGUGCUGCCAAGGCUGCCAAGAACCAAGCCUCCGUGGGAAUCGAACUCUUUAACCGGCAUCCAAUCAAAGGGAUCGCUUCACUGGUGGCUGCUGGGAUCGUUCAGAACAAACCUGCAGACAUUGCCAGGUUCAUUCGGAAGAACCGCGACCAGCUGGAUGAGACCCAGAUGGGCGAAUACCUUGGGCAUCAUGAUGAGAUGCCGAUCGCAGUGAUGCAUGCAUACAUCGACGGGGAGCAGUACAAGUCGCUGACGAUAGACAUGGCCCUGAGGAAGCUACUGGCUGGCUUCAGGUUGCCAGGGGAAGCGCAAAAGAUCGACAGGAUCAUGGAAAAGUUCGCCGCGAGAUAUGUGCAGGAAAACCCAAAUAAGUUUGAGACCGCCGAUGAUGCGUACAUGCUGGCCUUUGCAACGAUCAUGCUCACCACAGACGCCCACAACCCCAUGGCUGACAAGAAGCUGACUAAGGAAGUGUUCCUGUCGAUGAACAGAAAGGAGGUGGAGGGUCAGGGCUCUGUCCUGUUCCUACCUGAGGAAGAGUUGGAGGGCAUUUACGAUCGUAUCGUGGCGAAUGAGAUCGACACACGGAACUCCAAGCCCAGCAAGAAACGACAAGCCGAAGUGGCAGCUGUUCACAAGAGGCUGGCUGCAGCCAUCGGUCUGACGCAACUCUCUAUGCCAUUUAGGUCCAGCACAUUGUGUGACAGGAACAAUGCGGCACAGGUUCAACAGCUGCGCCUGAUCGAAGAAACGAAACGUGUGGUCGCAUCUGGGGUGAAGCGCGGUGACGUGUGGUACACGGGUUCCCAUGCCGAGCAUGCCAGUCCCAUGCUCGAGGCUGUCGGGCCCCACCUCCUUCGUUCUGUUGCCUCAGCACUUGCCAGCGCGGGUGACAGAGAUGCUGCCAUUAGGGCUGUGAAGGCACUGGUUAUGUGCAUCAGGCUUGCUGCCAUGUUCAGUCUGGAUGUGUUGUGUGGCCAGUUUGUGGGGGCCAUUGCACAGGCCACUGGUGUGCAAAGCAAGACGGCACUCCAGCAAGCAAAUCCUCACUGCCAAGUCCUUGCCUUGAGAGCUCUGGUGAACCUGGGUACCAAUGAGGAGGCAGGGCUGCUGGGCAGCAGCUGGACGAUCAUCCUUCGAACCCUUUCCUCGGUGGAAGCUCUGGUGUCAGAGAUGCGGCGCUCCCCCCAAGGCUUUCAGGAUGCCCCUUUCAAGGGCUUCAAGCUGGGGAAGCUCGAACUGGACUUCUCAGGUCUUGACUGGCAGAAGUCGGGAUCGAGCGGCAGCCACACCAUUGGCAGGUUCCUGUCCGGUCUUGGGUUUGGGACGGAGAAAGGCAAAUCUGGGGCGGAUAGGAGCAAGCAGGAAAAAGGGGGAUACGGCUUUGCCACGUCACGUGGCCACUCGAGGUCGCACUCCAUUGGCACGGCUGUCCGCAUGUGGGCGGAUGGUGAGGGGGGUGCCGAGACGGACCACGUGUAUGUUGCCAGCAGCACCCUUAAUGGCGAUGCAGUGCUGGUGUUCACUCGGGCUCUGUGCGCUGUCAGCCAAGAGGAACUUAACCCGGAAGACGACACCGCUCCAAGGGUGUUCAGUCUCAGGAAGCUGGUGGAGUGUGCCUACUACAACCUUGGCCGCAUCCGGUUGGUGUGGGGCCGCCUGUGGGCGAUCAUCUCUGCGCACUUGGUGGGCGCAGCAUGCCACCCUGACCAGACCGUUGCCAUGUACGCAGUGGACUCCAUGCGCCAGCUGGUGGGCAAGCUGCUUUCACGCUCGGAGUUGGCACACUUCACGCACCAAGGGGAGGCCCUGCGGCCCUUUGUGAUGGUGGAGAAGCAUUGCAGCAGCGUGGCAGUGCGGGAGUUGACAGUGCAGUGUGUGGACCAGGCCAUGAACACGCACAGCAAGCGACUUGGUUCAGGAUGGGCAGUGGGUAUGGAGCUGCUGGUGUGCGCUGCAGAGGACCCUGCCCCCUCUGUCCUCCGCCAGGUGCUGGACACAGUAGAGUCGGUUGUUCGGCGGCACUGGGGUUGGUGGGGCAAGGGGUACGACGUGAUAGCAGAGUGCAUCACUGCAGCAGCAGCAGCCUCACGGAACCCAUAUCACACUGACUGCAGCCUGGAUGCAAUCCGUCUUCUAAGGACGUGCGGCGAGGAACUGGCCAGGCCUGUGUUGGCUGAUGGCGGCUCACCUGUCACACGCGCUUCAUCGGCAGAGAUGAAUGGCUUCCCUGAUGACAACGUCGACUCCUUCUCCCGCAGCAACAGUGCCCCAUCCCCCACACUGGAGCCGCCAACCUCACCCUGCCCCCACCCCCCACAGGGAUUCAGCAACCCAAGCGCAGCCUGGAAGCGGCUGUUUGCAGCACUUGUGGAUGUGAUCACGCAUGACAGCCGGCGGCGAUGUGCAGACCUGGCAGCCGAGGUGCUGUUUGGCUUCAUCGAUGGGGGGAUGAGCAAUGGCUGGGGGCUGGACACGUGGCAGGCAUUCUUCAGGGACGCUGUGUGUGGAAUGUUUGACAUGAAUGAGGAUCGAUACAGCAUCCCUGGGGGCAUCGAUCGCCUGCUGUCAUUCUCCAGCAAGUACUUGCCCAAUCUGUGGCUGGUUGUCAGCUGUCAGUAUGCCAAGAUUGGGCCGUUGCUUCUGCCCCUUUGCUUGGACCUGUUCAUUGGCUGGAUGGCACAGUCCCUUCAAACAGUGGCGGUGGAGGGGGUGGCAUUGCUGCAGUCAGUCAUCGACUGCCUGGCCCUGGCGCUGGACCCUGCAGGAUGGUCUGUGGUAGUGGCCUCCCUGAAGGAGGCGUGGCGGCGGUGCGUGUGCUACGGGUACCCCAGGGAAGUGCCCAAGGAAGCCACAGCUGAUGCCCAGGCGCCAUUCAUGGCUUGGCUGGAGGGCCCUGAAGGUCCCAUGGCACUGCCUGCCUUGAGGUCCCGCUGCCACGUUCUGGUCCUCUACCAGCGCCUGGUGCACAGCGUGUUCCAGCACCACGGCCACUCCCUGCCGCCAGGCCUGCAGCUGGACUUGCUGGAUGUGCUGUUGGAGUCGGUGCAGCAGGCGACAACCGCAAACCGCGACACAGUCUUCCUGCAGCUCAUGGGGGAGUACAUCACCAUGCAGGGGGCUAAGAGCCUGCUCUCACAGAUGCAGCUUGCUGGCCUGAGCUCUGACGAGGAAUUGGAUGAUCCAGGUGAAGAACCAGUUCCAGGUCGCAUGGAGGACUGGCACAGGGCACCAGGUCGGGGGGAAAUCGAGCAGGAGAUGAAGGCUGAUGCUGCUGAAGGGCUCGGCAGCCCAUCAGAGCAGGCACAAGAAGCAGCAACAGCAGUGGAAGAUGUUGCACCAGGUCCCAUUGAUGCUGGUGGAGACCGACAGGCCGAUGCCAGCAAUCAGGAAGCUGAUGCAGAAAACGGUGGUCCAAAGGCCGAUGGCAGCAAUCGGGAAGCUGAUGCAGAGGCAGAUGGUCUACAGGCCAGUGGCAGCAGCCAGGAAGCCAAUGCAGAGGAAGGUGGUCCAAAGGUCAGUGGCAGCAAUCUGAACGCUGAUGCUGGGGCAGAUGAUCGACAGGCUGAUGGUGGCAAUCAGCAAGCUGAUGCAGAAGCAGGAGACCCAAAGGCAGAUGGCAGCAAUCAAGAAGCUGAUGCUAAAGCAAGUGAUCGACGAGCCGACGGCAGCAACCAGGAAGUUGACUCAGGGGUGGGUGAUCGACAGGCUGACAGCAGCAAUCAGGAAGCUGGUGCUAGGGCAAAUGAUCGACUGGCCGAUGCCAAAUAUCAGCAAGCUGAUGCUGCCAGCAACAAAGAGACUUCUGGCUACACCGAUGGGGCACAGGCCCUGAGCAGGGAUGGAGGGCAUGAAGAACAUGAAGCAGAAGCUGUGCGUUCCCCAACUGCAGCAGAUCAGCUUCACGCGCCACAGCCAGCCGCACCAGAGGGCAGCGGUGCUCAUGGUGUGGUGGAUGACAUGGAAGAUGAGGUUCCUGCUCGUGAUGAGGUUGGUCCAGGGCCCGGCGUUGCUCCAAUGAAGGGUCCCCCCCAGUUGGGAAGGCGCACCAUCAGUGCCAGUCGCAGCGAUGCCCUACAGCGUGCAGGGCCGGCUAGUGGCGGCAUUACUAUCCAACCCAUGCCUGACGAUUCGCUGGGUUCAUCGACGACCGAAGGCUCCAGUGUGACCGAGGGGCCAGCAUCGGACGACUGGUGGGCAGGCCUCCCUGAGCUGUGCAUGCGCAUGCCAGAGGGAGGGGAGUCCGUUUUCAGGGGACUUUUGAGGCUGGAGGCAGAAGGGGGCACACUGGCGAUCAGGGCCCUACAGGACUGCGUGAUGCGCAGAAGCAAGGAAGAUGCAGAGGACAGUGCUGCACCUGCUGCAGAGGCCCGGUUGCUGGCCCUCUGCCAGCGGCUUAUCAUGCAAGCGGCUAAGGAGGCUGCCCACAUGCGGGAAACCUUGACCCCUGAGGAUCCCGAAUCUCCGCCACCACCGCCGAAGCACCAGUGGGAGCAGGCCAUGAGGGCCCCCCUUGUCGCAAAGGCGCUGGAGACUUACAGGACUGUACAGAGUGAGCAGUUUCUGGCACAGCUCAAAGAGCUGUUCCCUGAGCUGGCGUGCCUCGUCUGCAGUCGGCAGAUGUCAAUUCGGCGCUCCCUGGGCGCCCUGUUCUCAGACCAGCUGCCUGGGUUUCUGUUUCGGGAGGACAGAUAG